CCUAGCGCUAGCUGGGAACCGAGCUCGGCUGCUUGUAACACGAUUUAUUUGUCGAUCGAAACCUCGUUCAGAGGAAGAAAGAAAGAGAAACGGACUGGAAGGAAACAAAACCGCAAUGGAACGAAACGUCGCGGACGAGCUGAAUCGAGAAUUCGGGAACGACGUGAAAAAUCUGCGCAAGGCGAAGAACUAUCAUGCUUCGCUGAUGGUUAGGAAGCAAGAGAUCGAGCAAAGACUGAAGUCAUCCAAAGGCGGUAGUGAUCCAGAACAGUUGAAGGGGCUGCUCGGAUUUGCACGGGAGUCGCUGGAAAAGAUGCAGAUAUUGGAAGGCGUGCAUGGCAAGAUCUUGAACGACGUGUCGGCGCAUCUGGACAACGCCAGUCUGGUGAAAAAGGAGUUUGAAAGCUCCCUCGCCGACAUCCAGAAACUGCUUCGCCUGAAGCAAUACUUGCAGUGGAUAGCCAAGAUCGAAGAAACAAGCGAGUCUAUUGAGGAAGCGAUGAGCCAAGGCCAAGACGAACAAGCCGUGUCGCACGUCUCCUUCCUGCUGCAAGUGUGGCGGAGAGUGCGCGCGUCAGCAUGCAUCCACCUCGUCGACUUUCUGCGAGAAACCAUCCUCUACUGGCACCAAAUUCUCAGGGAUAAGUUUGAAAAGGAAUUCAACAAGGUGUUGCACUCCAUGGGCUGGCCCAUCCUCAACACGGGCGUCAGUGCGCCGGUCUCGUACACGCCGGAGCUGUUGCUUCCGUUCGAGAAGAGCUUCAUCAACCUGCACAAGAUCCAGCUGCCGGAAGGCUUGGAGGGCUCCCAGUUGGACGUUGGGUCGACGACAUCCGUGCUGCCCUUGGAACUGAUGCUACGACCUUUGAAGAAGCGCUUCCUCUUCCACUUCACCGGGAAGCGUCAGACCAACAGACUCGACAAGCCGGAGUGGUACCUGAGCCAGAUUCUGACCUGGGCUACUGAUCACGGGGAGUUCUGCGAUCGCUUUGUCCAGGCGAUUCUGGUCAAGGCAGGUGUGGAAGGCAUGCAGGCGAGGCUGGAGCUGAUGCGUGGACUGGUCCAGAUCGGUAUCCACAAGCUGCAGAUGGACUUGCCGUCACUGCUCGCCGACGACCAGCUGCUGACGCAUGCCAUUGAGGAGGUGCUCCUGUUUGACCGGGAGCUGCGGAGCCAGGGCUACCCGCCCUUCUAUCCUUGCAUCCUCAACGUGCUCACGGCAGACCACUGCUUCAUCCGGUGGAUCGCAUUGGAGAAGAAAUAUGCUGACGAGAAGCGUGACGUCCUCCUAUCGUCUCCGACAGCGUGGAAACCACGAUUCCCAAUGGAAGGCGACAUCGAUGAGCUCAAAGUUCCCGAGUGUGCCGACUCGUUCAUGAUGAUCCUGUCUGCGAUGACAGAACGUUACCGCCACCUCGAGCAGCCCUACCACCGGCUCAAGUUCGUGAGCUUGCAGCAGAUUCUCUUGGAAGAUUGGCGGCUGUGCCUGCAGCAGAUUCUAACUGCACGGCUGGAAGAGCUGGACCUGGUCGGCAUCUGUCCGAUUGUGAACGCCGCCCACUACGUGGUCCAAGUGCUGGCCCAGUGGAGCCUACAGCCGUUUUUCGUCGAACUUCUGGAAGCGUGCAACGAGAUGCAGCAGAAGGAGAAGCAGAGGAGGCAAAGUACAAAACAGGCCAAUUCCGAGACGGUCGACCCGGAAGAGGCUUUGUUCCUGGCUGCAUCGGAGACGCCGUCGGACGAGAGCGGCCAGCUGGUGCCCAUGGCCGAGUACGGCACCCUGCAGGAGUCUGUGUUCGAGGAGGUGUCGCAGCUGCUGGAGAAGCUGUACACGGACACUGUGCUUGCCAUCGUGGACGAGCUGGUGCUUGACUUCAAAGCCAAGAGCAAGGCCUACCGGCGCGAGAAGUGGUUCUGCAUGCCGUCGCUGAACGACAGGGAAGACGCGGGGCUGACGCCGACUGCCUUCCCUAUGCUCAGCUGGCUGCAGGCCACUCUCCAACAGUUGCAGGAGGCCCUCGCUGCACCACUCUUCAACACGCUGUGGCAGGAGGCCGCAAGAGGCAUCAGCGUGUUCCUGUACGAGGAGCUGAUCCUGGAGAACUUCUUCAGUGAAGGAGGUGCCAUGCAGCUGAGCUUUGACAUGAACCGCAACCUGUUCCCCCUGUUCAGCGCCUACUCCCAGAAACCCGAGAACCACUUGAAGGAAGUGAAGGAGGCCUGUAUCCUGUUGACAAUGCCGCACCCCGUGGCCUGGAUCCUACAAGAAACGCUCCGCGCAGCACGGGCCACUGACGUCGUCACCGGCGGCACGGCGCUCGAAGAGCAGGGCGUCUCGUUCCUCACCCCGUCCCAGGCCAUGCACGUGCUCUCGAAGCGCAACGACCUCGUGCACACCUGAGUCGGCGGCGUCGUGAGCCGGUUGUCGUUGAGCUGGUCGCGAAACCGGCUGCACUGAGUUUGGCCCGUCACUCGACCUCCUCCUCCACACGCUCAGGUCUUUUCCCCGGCCUUUGCGCGAUGCUUUCGAGGCACAGUGAUGUCGCAUGCUUGCAUGCCGAUGUUUGUUCUGAAGGCUUGGAGGGCUGGUCACGGGUGGAUUUCGGUUACGUUAAAUGUCGAGAAAAGGCCUAAAGUGUCUCGCGCUGCUCUGCGAAGCGUCGCUGUAACGACCCCCGUUGCAUUGUGACCCCCACCGUUGUAAUUGUGCCAAUCUUUUACUGCGCUGCCACACAUGGUGGAAAUACUAAAUUUGUGAGAGGUCAGCAUGCAAUCAUCAAGGGUCUUUUGGAGUGGAAGGUCGAAAGGCCCGUGGAAAGUUCGCUGAGCAGAGGGAUGUUUACGGAGCAGCAUGUUUUCGAGGCAGACAAGCGCAAAGCUCCAAGCGACGAUCGAACCGCCAGACUCGGAGGGAUGGUAAAGACUUUUCGCAGGCCGUGUUUCGUUCAACGAAGGCAUGCUCUCUGUAGGGGGCCAUAUGGACAAAUAUGAGAAGUGGCAUUCUGAAAAGCAUGUACCGCUCGCACAGCAUUUCAAGCAGAGCUUUUCCCAUUGCACGUGUGUCAAAACUCGGGGAAAUGGCAGCUAUGCCAAGACUGGCACGACGACAGAGGCAAGAAGCUUGUCGCCGUUCAUCUGCUUUUAUUCAUAACGAUGGAUAGCACAAUCGAGUCUUGUACUCUAGCAUAGAUUUGGCGUGCUCCUCUGGCCCGUGUUAGCGGGGAGGGGGGACAUCGCACUCUAAAACUUUUUGACUUGAUAGAUUGUUGUGAAACUCGCUGGUUUUAUAUAUAUAUUUGUGCGCUGAUUUCAGUUAUAGUUUCUUUUUUUCUAGUGUAACAUGUUAAAGUAUAAAGGCAUUUCGUGUGCCAUUUGGGGAGCUAGGUUUCUUCUAUACUUGGAGACCCACAAAGCGAAUUUGCAUAUCACAGUAACUAGGAAUGAGAACUGUGUGCAGUACAGCAAAAAUGGAUGUUCUAAACUCACUUCAACUGAAAUUCUGAUGUGUCGAACAUUUGUGAGCAAAAUUUUAGCUUGACAUGGACUCAAUCGCGAAUCUUCAACAUUCCAUAACUAUUAUUUAAAUGUGUUUAGAACAUCUAUUUUUGAGGUACUGCAUACAGCUCUGAUUUCUUAUUAUCAUGAUACGCUGAUUUGCUUUGCGACUGUGGAAGCAUCGAAAAAAUGCUUCUCCCAAAAAGGCACACGAUAUGUUUUUAUAUUUAAAUGCUAUACCAUAGAAACAAUUGCAUACUUCAAAUCAGUGCACGAAAACACAUAAACUCUGAAAGUUUCUUUAAACCGACCAAGUACAUAAAAACCAACUCCAAGAGCAACGUCUCUCUUUGGGAGAUUGAGUUGUGGAGUACAAGUGUGCAAGCAUUCCGAAGUGUAUAGAACAACGUUGUAAUUUAACUGGGUUGCAACAACUGGAGAGGCGAUAAUUGAGAUCUUGUUGUAUGUAUUUUAAAGGAAAGAAAGAUAAUGACCACAAUUUGGAAAGAGCGAUCUUUGACGCGUAUCGUCGUCGUGUGCUGCUGACCGCCGGAGAUCGGCAAGCUCGGUCGGAAAACACGGCGAGGUGUCUGGGGCGUUAAGUGUCUCGACGAAGCGUAUAGAAUGACGUUGCCACUCCCCAUAUCGCAGCAGCCGCUCCUGCUAAUUCCUCAAACUUUUCAGCCAUUGUACAGAUUGUUUGCAAGGGAGGCCUGUCGACAACCGCACUGGAAGACCAAGAGUACAGCUCUGUUUCUGGCCGGUGUCUCGUUAGUGCAAAUCAAGUCAAUGUUUCGUUAGCAGGAAUUAGGGCAGGCGAGUGAUGAAGUGUCUAAGCAAAUGUCUUAUUCGCUCGUGCAACAGCGUACAACUUGAAUCGAUGUACUCUUUUCGAGCCUUUUGAGAAUUUCAUUUUUUGAUAACUGAAUACUAAAACAUCAGAGCUUGGUAAACAACCAUUAUGGUUGCUAAGACCUACCCUUAAUUUGCUCUUUUGGUGCUGGGAUAAUCUACAGUGAAGUAAACGUGAACGUUGGCUCUUUGAUGAGCUUUGCUUUUUUUUUAUCAUCUGAUUAUUCAUCGCUAAUCUGACCAGUUCUUGAACAGUUGUUUAACUUUCUUAAGACCAACAUAAUUUGGUAUGCAAUUAAUGCCUUUAAGGUGAGCUGCAUGUCAAGCUUUAUUUCUUUAUUCUUAUCUGAGAGUCUAAAAGUUUCAUGAACAUCUCUCGAGCUUAUCUUAUAUUUGGUGUGUGCUGCUCAGUCACACAUUCCUGAUAAGACGAACAGAUAGUAAACUUUGUCAGAAAGGGAAUUUAAUGCCUACAAAUUCACGACUGAACGUGCCAAGUUCCACUGCAGGCAGCAUAUACUAGUAAAAAAAGAAAAUUAAUUUUUUGAGUGAGAACUCUACUGUUGUCACUGCGAUAUACUCUUCAUUGCAAAUCUGUGAACUAAAUUUAUGUAAUCCAGACACCCAAUCUGCACCGAAAUUCCUUAAAUGUUGGCACAAAUUAUGUGCAACAAUGUUCUAACGCACAAUCUUGAAAGGAAGCUCAUUAUUACUCCCGAAUGGUUGCAGAAAGCAUGCGAUUUAUCUACUAAAACCAAGGAGUCGUACAAAUAGAAAUUUUCAUGCAGCUGGCUUCAUCAACCAGAAAAGGAAUUAACAGUGAAAACACGGGAUUAUGAAAAGAAAGCAUGAGCAUGGGCGCUGUACCAACUGUACCAGACAUAUAUUAACUAGCUCGCCCACCACUUGUUAAAAGUUCAAUUACCAAAUAAUGCUGCUGUCGACAGGCUUUCCGGAUUUAAGGCGUAGCCGGUUGUUUAUGCCAAGGCACGAAAGCAGCGUUGGAGACGGGACGAACGGCAUAUCAUGUUGAUGUCGUUUCAAUCCUUCGCAUCGCAUGCGCUGCUUCGGGCACUGUUGUUUUCUCGUCUUGAAACUUUCUGAGCACUGAAAUGAUCAGUCCAUCUCCAAACCUCUCCGGCGCUUAUCUUGAUCACAGUUAACUGGAACAUGGGAGAAUAAUCCAAAGAUAUCUACAAUUGUGGUGCGGCAAAGCGUCACAAGAUGUUGACAGCAACGUACGGUAAUCCGGUAUUUCGUGAACGUCAUCGCAUAUACGGGAAUACCAAAUCAGCUGAACGUCUCUGUUGGCGUGUUCCCACGUUUCUGUUGACCAUGAUGAACAUGCAUUCCAAUCCACAACACUACUGGAUGUACAAUACAAUGCGUGUUCUUUCUCCCUAUUUUCAGUUUGUCCAGAUCGUGUUUCAUCUAGUCAGUCUUGCCCGAGUGUCAUCAUUAGUGUGUGCAGCAUUUUGAGAAUGUUUGUUUUCCUCUAUCUUAGUCUCACAUUUGACUGUGGUGUGAGGGCGUGUGGUCAUUUGGUAAGCUGGGUUGUAGUACGCACUCUUACUAUGAGAAAAAAAAUCUAUCCGCCACCACCUUUCCCAUUUCCCAUAGCUUCCUUCCUCUAGUCGAGUCCGUGUUGAAUUACUGGAGUCAUGACUUUGACGUGAUGUAUUUUGCGAGUACUUUAAGCCCGCCAGAACCCUCUUGUAUAGUGCGGUGACAUUUACCUACCACUCAGUAAAAGAGAAGUUGUGGCGUAUUCCAGCAUUGUAACGUCUUAACAUUGGGUCAUUGUGUGACCCUGUUUUUUACUGCACUCAUUCCUUCGCAAGCAUUUAUGAAAGUCAACUUUUUUUAACUCGAGAUAUUUCAAGCUGCACCAGGAGCUCUCUUGAGCACUUUAUAAGUUGAAAUUUAUUUGGUGUUAGAAAAUUUAUUCUUCUCAUAGAGUAUCAAACUUCGUUUUUUUUUUCUCAAAAGUUGGGUUGUUGAGUAAAGCUUAUCGUCAUCGCUAAAGCUUGUUCCACCGAUUACAUUGGCACUUGCUAAGUCAUCCAUGUACCGAGUAUGCCAAGGUUGUACGAUUCUAAACCACAGCAAUGAUGUUCAGGCAUAGGUGAAAAGCAAGAGUGCUUAUGUCUACUAGAGUCCACUCGUAAACGAAUCACGCAUGUAGGGUACUUGGGAAUUUCUCCCUAUAGACAGUCUGAAAUUUCCUGGCUUUGUGAGAAAUGACUUGUUAAACAGCAACACAUUCUAAGCACCUGUACAGUGCUGCAAUGUUGCUUCAGCAGGCGCAUGCCAGCGAAGUGGAAACUGCAUUCCCGUUUAACAGUGGGCUACACUGUAACUUUGACUUUCCUUCAGGUUUAAAAAUUGCAUGUGGUUAAAAUGGGCCUGCUUAAGUUUUACAACCCUUUUGCUGAUAUUGAUUGAUUAGGCUUAGCGAUGUAUGGUUAGGCUUAGCAUUCCAAAGCUGCACAAUUUGAUGAAAUGCAUUUUUCUCUGCCUUCACUGGAACAAAGCCACCGUAGCCAGUUCUUGAAUUAACAACCUUGAGUAAUAUUUUCUUAUUGUACGUACGAAACUUCUAUUUCUGAUCGAAUAGCUUAUAAGUAAAGAAGCAGCUAUGAAGCACGUGCAAUGCUGGAAGUGCAUGACUUCUACUACUCCCUUUUGCUCCUCACAUAUCAAAGUGAUUAUCUGUGGCAGAUGUCGAAGUUGAUAGUUUCUCCGUCGCUUACUCAUACCGAAGGUGCAUUUAUUAGUGUGAAAGAGGACGAGCUGUUGAAGAGCAGCACUUUGCCACAAUGUUGCGCUUGCAGCAUUUUUCCACCCUCCCCACCAUUUGCCAACGCUGCGGCUAUCUUCUGAACGUUUCUACCUAGUCUUGCCCACAAACAAAAAAAAAUCUUGCAAUGAGUGUGCUUGUUAUUUUUACGUCGUGUUUGUUACGCUCUGCCGCAUAGUUGAGAGACUGUAAGUGCUAGUGCUAAAAGAUAUUGUUGAACAUUGUUUCACUGCUGCAUUCCGUAGCUUUGUUGUAGCUACGCUUAAUGUGGCUUCUUGUUCUUGGCCAGCUGUUUACUCGCCUUUUCCGAGAUGUGCUUUUUAGCAGCGAAUGCGGAGCGUUUUUCCUCUUUCAUUGUCAUUAAUAUUUGUUUUUCUAUUUCAUGUUUUUCAAUGCCUCGCCUUAAUUUUUGUUACACCUAAAAUAUUGUGCAUAAAAAAAAAUCUGACCGAGCUUGAAAAGGUAGCAGUUUCCGAGUGAUAUGAUUCCUUUGUAAUGUGAUUUCCCCAAUAAUGCUUGUAUACAACCCAUAUAAAGCAUAACAGGCAAUGCUCAAGAGGCUAGGGGCACUUUUACCACUGAUAGCAUCCACAAUUGAAACACAGAUUAUAGUGCGUGCAGGAAGAGGCACAAGUAUGCGUCUCGUAAUCACUGUGAAAUGAGAGUCUCACUUCUACACCAAAAAAUGAGAAGCAUUAGUAUUAUGAGAGAGGAAUAGCGCAUCUGAAGAACUGAACUGCUGAACUGAGUGGUGAGUCAGGCACUCAAGGCGCACUGCUUGCAUUUAUGAGCAAAACGUGCAUUGCACACUGGUUGCACAGACAUGCACAAAUAUGUCAUCUGACAGAAAUUUCACAUCAGUAAGUAGUGGCGACGCAUAAGUACACAGCAUUGCAAAUCAAGUGCAACUGCACUGCGUAAUUAGCAGCGCAGCUGUGGUGCAGUUGAACCUUAACACAUAGUCGCAUACAACUAAACAAUAACUUCGUUCAAUAUGGUAUUCAUUAUAAGCUUAUAGCAAUUCUAAUAUAAAAGGAAAAAUGUUUCAUUUAAUUCUUUAUAUCCAAUAAUUCAUGUGUCAACAUGCUCUGUAUUGACUUUUCUCUGAGAUUCUCUGACGGUGACUUGCGUACUUUCCGCACCGUUGCGUGUUACGUAUCGAACCACAAACUGGUUGCUGGAAAGCCUUCCAUUCCAGAGAGCACUGGAAAAAGGGUAGGGGCAACACUUUUCAAGUGACAAAAAAUAUCUGCCGCUCCUUACGACAAAGUACAGUGCGGGUAAAUAUUAAAGGGAGCACAUAAUUUCCGAGUGUAUUCUUUUUAAGCAAGUGUCAUUCACCCAGCCUUGCAGCAUACAACUUUCAGUUAGCCAUGCUGACACAUCUACACAGCUUCACGUGGCGCUAGCAGCUAGUGCAUUAGCAAUUUGAAAUCUCUAGUAUGUUGGAGUGUUUUAUUUUAAAUUCAACUGGACUAUACACCCAAAUUGCUAUUUUUCACAAUACAUGUCACCAACGGCUAUGAACAUUGAAAUCGUGAAUAUAAUGGUUCGAAAUUAAAAGUUAGCAUUGCUUGAGAGGAGUGGAUCAGAGAGCAGCUGGAAAAUUGAUUUGCAUGGAAGCGCAGGUAAGUUAUUCAACGCACAAUAAACUUCAAUAAACAGCAGUAGCUUCCAAUGAUGGUUACUAUGGCACGUACGAUUGCGGUUGUAAUCCAGCCACUGAAAAAUAGGGUUUCCAGGUCUACUAAACUUUAGUUUUGAAUGAAAUUUGAAAUGUUACUUGCACAAUGUCAUUGGCUUAAUGAGUUUUGUUCCGUUUAUGCGAGGAAAGUUUAUCAAACUAGACACACGCUAUUGUCUUUUCUGCCGAUAAGAUGAUAUCAGGAGCCUAUAUAUAUAAAGGUCUAGGCAUCAUUUAAAGACUGUACUGUGCAAUUAUUUUGUCUCUUGACAAUAUUCUUUGAAAAUCAUUUUCCCAACUGAACAUUCUUAUCAAAAUUUAGUGUGCAAUCACAAGUCAGCACUUGCCACUAUUGCUUUGCAUUUUCAUGUCGUAGCUCUCAAAUUUUCAUUGCAAGGUCCCACGGUAGCUCGAGAAGUUGAUGCAUUUGUGCCCGUUUCACGGUAGGAAAAUGAAAGAUGCCAACAAAUUGCAGCGCCAAAAAGCUGCAGCACUUCUGCUCCAAUUCAAAAGAAUUUUCAAAUCCUUUUGCCAUGCCAUAUCCUGAGCUAUAUUUUACUGUCACAUGUGAUGCAGUGAUAACUUUGGUCUUUCUCUACAGUGAUAUCUAUCCCCCUUUUCCAAACGCACACAUACAGAAAAAGAAGGCUGGUCUUUUACAGGAAUCAGCAUCAAGCUAGCCAGUGGCUAAGAUGAGAUACUGUAACCACGCUCUUUCGAGCUAGUGGUCUUCGAUGGAAACUUGUCAAGAGAUGUGUUCAUGCUGAAGUGAAGAAUUUGCGACAGUGACAUUUUAAGGGUAUAAUAAAGAGAGAAUUGUGAACUGCAAAAAAAUCACAUUAUUAAACUAACAUAAAUUCAAAUUUAUUUGGCCUUUGUCAAUAUGAGCUUGCAUCAAUAGAGAGAUGUAGGAGAUGUAUUAGGACAACAUCGCAAAGGACGAAGUAUUUUCGGUGUUUCAAUGACGUUUGUUCUCGAAACUCCAUAGGUGUCGCCAAUCUUAUUUGAGUGUAGUAUACCAUUUCUUUGUCAAAAAACGGGUGAAAGUAAUCUAGCCAAGUCGCGCAGUUCCUGUAUGAUGCUUUGCAAUCCUUAGCCGUCGAACUGUUAAUUUUAUUGAGGAGAUGCUCUCUUGGGACGUAUUCACCGCUAGCCUGAUCCGUCGUUAUGAAAAGCUUUUCAAUUCGGCAAAAUGCAACUUACAGUGAGACUAUUCCAAUACUCUGGAAGUGUAAUUUACUAGUUAUGACGGGCAUAAAAUUUUGGCAUUCGCAUAGAUAUUGUGUUGUUGACACGACUCGACGAAGCUGAAGCUUUUCUAGACAAAGCGGACACUCUAGAUCAAUUGUUUGAUGUGCUUGUGUGACAGGGGCUGAAUCUUGAAUUCAAGCUACUGGCUACUGCAUUGCCUCCAUACUCGUUGCCAACCGUAAAAAUGCUGCCCAACAACACAGCCGGUGUUCUAUGCUCUUAAGCUUCGCGAGGAUGUUUCUAGGACCCUUGGGUGCUAUGUAUACUUAUACACAUAUUACAAAAAUAAAAUUAAAAAAAAUUGUGAUAAUCCUUCCCCGCCCGGCCAGAAAUGUUCUGCCACAGUUUUUCAGUCAUAUCACCUCGUACAAACCAUAUUUUCUCUUUCCCACGAGAGUAUUUGUUUUUCGUUUUUUAUUCAUGCACAUUGUUGAGAGAGUGUUUUACUCUGAAUUGAUGACCAAACUGUUUUUGAAGCCUGUUGACUGAAACUACCAUAUCCUGGCUUAUUGUGUACAUAUAUGGUGAAAAAUAAAAAAAAAAGUGUUGGAAA